AUGUCUACACGUACGAAACGACAAUUGGACGAAGCUUCAACCGCACUGAAUGGUAAUGUCACAGAAAACGACAUCAUCAAAUUAUCGGAUGAUGGACUAGCUGCUCGCUUAUCCACUUUUAAGAUAUGUCUCCACGUUGAUUUGACGUGGUUCAACAAACCAACCGAUCUAUCACCUGUGACCUGUGCUCGACAUGGAUGGAUCAACCACGCUGCUGAUACUCUAGCAUGUACAGAAUGCCAGCAUCGUUUGAUAUGUGCAUUCAAUACGUUGCUUGAUGACGAUGGAGUCAAGGCCAUGACAUCUAAAUUCGUGGAACAAUUAACGAGUCAGCAUGGGCGUGCUUGUAUUUGGAGAUUGACUGCUAUUGAUGAGUCUUUGUACCGUUUCCCUUUAAAGUCAUCAUCUAGCACACGAAGUGCCUUCCAAAACCGAUUCAAGAGUUUUGUGGCUCUACCACCCUCCAGCAUCCCACAAACUGCUUGUUCACUUGAUCAAGACACCAUCGCCCAAAUACACAAUCAUACUACAACGACAACCACUUCGACGAUAUUAGACGUAGAAAAGUCGUGUAUAACGCUAUCACUAUAUGGAUGGCUAGCCGAGGAGCAAGGAGGUCUACGAUUCGCUAAAUGCUUGUUGUGUAUGAGGAGUGCAGGACUAUGGAACUUUGAAUCUGUCGUGCCUGGUAGUACUAGUUCUGCACCUAGGACUAAACGAGUCAAGAUUGAUGAUGUUGAGGAUGAUGCUGAAUCGUUUGAUGUCUUGUCUCAGCAUCGAUCAUUCUGUCCAUGGAUAUCGAAAGGCUACACGGGCAAAACAGGAUGGCAGGUUACGUUGGAUUCCUUGCUGAGCUCAGGAAGCAAGAGUUCACCCACAACGUCGAGAAUCGCAUCAAGUGAUGUCUUAUCCAAGGUCAAAGAAGCAGAUAAUCUGUUAUCAAAUCUCUUGAGACAAUCAAGGCCCACCACGUCUCAAUCGACGUCAAGUACAUGA